UUUUCCUUUCCUACCUUUACUCUCGAUCAUAGUUUUCCGUGAAUAUCUGAGACAAAAGAUGUUCUAUGGAAAUCCUAUGAGUUUUGUUAGGAAAAAGUUCAUGAGCAAGCGUCCAUUGCGUAGUGAUGUUAGAAUUGUGAGGGGAGACGGGUGCAAAGAAAGAGAUCAAAUUCUCAUUCUCAAUCAAUUUGAUUCAUCAUGCCAAGCAGGCUCAGGAAGGCAAUUGGAGCUGUGAAGGACCAAACAAGCAUUAGCCUAGCCAAGGUUACCAAUGCAGCCAAUCUUGAUGUCAUCAUCCUGAAAGCCACAACCCAUGAUAAAAACCCCAUUGAAGAGCGUUAUGUGAAUGAGAUUUUGAACAUAGUCUCCUCUAACAAAUUGUGUGCAUCUGCAUGUGCUCAUUGUAUAGGCAAACGCAUUGGUAAGACCCGCAAUUGGGUUGUUGCCCUCAAAUGUCUCCUCAUUGUCCUUAGAAUCUUUCAAGAUGGUGAUCCAUAUUUUCCUAGGGAAGUCUUCCGUGCAAUGAAAAGGGGUGCCAAAAUUCUCAACCUUUCAGGUUUCAAGGAUGAUUCCAAUUCUAGCCCUUGGGAUUACACCGCAUUCGUUAGAUUAUUUGCUUUGUACCUCGAUGAACGCUUGGAUUGCUUCCUCACUGGAAAGCUCCAACGGCGAUUCAAGCAUCACAACCACUUUCACCAGAUGAACCAGGUGACCAAGACGUCCAAUGAGCCAUGUAUCAAAGACAUGAAACCUAUAAUUGUGCUUGACAGAAUUUCUCACUGGCAAAGGUUAUUGGAUAGAGCCAUUUGCACAAAGCCUACAGGGUCUGCCAGGACCAACCGCUUGGUUCAGAUUUCUGUUUAUGCUAUUGUACAAGAAAGCUUUGAUCUUUACAGGGAUAUCUCUGAUGGUCUUGGUGUUAUCUUGGAUAACUUCUUCCAUUUGCCAUUUUGGGCUUGUGCUGAAACAUUCAAUGCUUGCGUUAAAUCCUGCAAGCAGUUUGAUGACUUAUCAGCUUUCUAUUCUUUUUGUGUGAGCAUUGGAAUUGGAAGGUCCUAUGACUACCCCAAAGUGCAAAAGGUCUCUGAAGAACUUAUGGAAACAUUGCAUGACUUCUUCAGAGACCAAGCUUUUCUCACCACAAAUAAUAAUUCAAAGCACCUCCAUUCUCCUCCACACAAGGAUCUUAAAGGCUCAAGUUCAUCCCAUGACGAGGGUAUGGAAAGAUGCGAGACACUUGAAAGUUUGUUUGAAACAGAAUCCGAUUUUGGGUCACAGUGUACAUCGUUGAAAGAUCUCAUGACUUCUAUCGACGUUGCCCUUAGUCCUAGUAGAUCACUUGAGGAAGACAUGAAUUCGGAGCAAUCAGACAAAGAUGAGAAAGAAUCGGUAUCUGAUGGUUAUGUUAGUGCAAAUAGUUUUGCUUCUGCCACAUCAUUUCCAUUUCAUCAAACAUCAAGGUCGAGUUUGGAUGCUGUAAGUUUUGAUGAAUUGCCGCGGGAACUGCAUCAAAAUCAAACGAAUGAUUGGGAACAACAAAAUCAAACAAAUGAUUGGGAGAAACAAAAUAAAACAAAUGAGUGGGAGCAACAAAAUAUCCAAGCAGUUUCCAACAAUAUCACCAAAGAUUGUUGGGAGUUAGUUUUGGCAAAGACAGUAACUGCACCUGCUGAAACAUCACCCAAAUUGACAAAUGGGAUUAUCCCAUUUGUCACCUUGUCUGAUCAACCUUUAGUUCCUCAACACAACUACAAUCCGUUCCUGGAUGACACAGUGAAUGUUGCUCCAUUUGCAACAACUGGUGAUAAAUUCAUUGAUGUGGCACCAACAUUUAAGGCAACAACAACUCAAGCCAACCUUUAUGCACAGGAUCUUAUUGUACCAACCAUCUCAGAUCAAAGUUCCAGUUCAGUUGCAAAUCCCGAUCUAUCUUUUGGUGACAUGUAUCCAAAUGAGACAUCAAAGGAUCUCACUUCUUUUGAGACCAACAUAACAGUGCCAUCAAUUUUUACAAAACCAAGUUUCCAGACUCGAUGCUCUUUUAUGAACGAUUCAUUUCCAACAUUUCAAGUGCACAGGUCAAAUAUUGAUGCCAUAAUGGAAACACCAACUCUUCCUACUCUUCAGAAUCCUAACCUAUGUUUUAUUCCCUUACACUUCAAAGACCAGAAUUUUUAUGCUUCAGCAAUGCCACCAACAUUUAGUGCAAAGGAUUACAAUGGGACAACAUUAGCAACAUCAAUAGACAAUGAUCUUUUUGGAACAUGGCCCGGUGAAAAUACCAAUGAACUAACUUUAAAUGUAUCAAUGCAAGAGGAUACUUUAUUGCGGCAACAACAACUUUGGUUGGAGCAACAACAGAGUAUCAUAUCAAAGCAUUCGAGUUCAGUUUUCAAAUAAGAAUGAUUGAGCAUUGAAAUUUUGUAAAAAUAUAUAAGUUACUG